GGUCUUUCUCCUCUUCCCGCCGCCCUCCCCACCCCCCCCCCGAGCCCAAAUGCGCACGCGCGUUACGUCGUAGCGCCCUGAGGAAAGGAGGGCUGUCCUCGGCUCUGCCUGAUUUUUUUUAAAAAAGAAGUCGCCCUCGAUUCGACACCGCUCCCAUUGUUUUGAGGAGAUUUUUCACUAGAGGGAUCAGAAUAUUUUUAAAGUCGGAGAAGGAGCGAAGGGGUCUUGUUAAUUCAAGAGUAAGGCAUGGAAAUAGACAGGGCUACCGGCUUGAGAAGGCUCUGAAAGCGACGGAUGAAGGGAAGGGGGCCCCUCGCUCCCCAGUGACGUCACUGCAUUGCGACAGAAGGCUGCGAAGAGACGGAAGAGAGAGAAGAAAAGGGGAGGCUUGAAGCGAAGGAGGCUCUCCCUUGAGGGUGUUCCUUGCGACGGGCAGCCGGAGUCCCUCGGAAGUGGAGAGACCCGAAGAGCUUCGCUAGAGUUCCUUUUUCCUCUUGAAAUGCCCAAGGUGAAAAGGAGCAGAAAACCUCCUCCGGAUGGCUGGGAGUUGAUUGAACCAACCUUAGAUGAACUGGAUCAGAAAAUGAGGGAAGCUGAAACUGAACCACACGAAGGGAAGAGGAAAGUGGAAUCCCUCUGGCCCAUUUUCAGAAUCCAUCACCAGAAAACACGUUACAUCUUUGAUCUCUUUUAUAAGAGGAAAGCCAUCAGCAGAGAACUGUACGAGUACUGCAUCAAAGAAGGGUACGCUGACAAAAACCUGAUCGCGAAGUGGAAGAAACAGGGCUAUGAGAACCUCUGCUGCUUGCGCUGCAUCCAGACGCGGGACACCAACUUUGGCACAAACUGCAUCUGCCGGGUUCCCAAAAGCAAGCUGGAAGUGGGAAGAAUCAUUGAAUGCACUCACUGCGGAUGCAGAGGCUGCUCCGGAUGAAGCCUUUCUUUUCCAGUAAGGCUCCCCUCCCCAUUUGCGGGUGACUCCUCAUCAAUGACUGUUCUUAAGAGCUCCGAUUUGCCUUUCACAAAACCCGACAGCGAGCGCGUCCCCUUAGAAGCCGGAUGACGCAGCAGUGACGUCUCACUUCAUCCUCUGUAAUCAUUUUAUUUAAAAAAAAAUAAAGCCUCGGCUACCCUU